AUGAGCCAGGACGCGAGUCGGAGGCGCAUCCGCGCUGCGAGCCACACAACCCGGGAACGUCCCCCUCCCCCGCCCCGCACCCACCGCACACGUGUGCCCCGCGCGUGUGCUCUCCACUCCGAAGCUCGGAGGAGUGAUCGUGAGCAUCCGGCUCUGCUUUCAGGGCUCCUGGCACCACAGACGGCGACUGCGGGGUGCGGGCUGCCCUCGGCUCGAUUUAGCGGUCGUGCUUGGCUGGACCUGACAUACAGCCGAGCAGGGACCGGGAGAGUUGGAGAGAGCGGCCUCCACGCUUUCCGCCGCGUUUCUUCUUCCCCCAGUUGA